UUUUUAUUUCUCUAAAUUCUUGCUCUAAAUUUAAUUAGCAAGCGCAUCUAAAUAACAUUUACCACAUAAAUCACAUACUAGCUCGCCGUUGUACACACAUUGACCUCUACAUGACUUGGCUCUACAUUCUUUCUCACAUGCCACUCUUCACGCACACUUACGUUCUUCAUUCGCUCAGAAUCGGUAAUAAAUGACAAUGAUCUUCAUAAAAACUACCAAACGCACAUGUGCACCGUUGUUUGUUACGCUUGUCUGGCAAACGACGGCUGAACCACCAGAUGAGCAGCACCAUUUGCCCUUGCUUGUAACUGAUCACUCCUAACAAUUGCCAACCAAAGUAGUUGUGAUUCCGGGAUCGGCGUAUGCGGAUUGCCUCUCCUAGCACCAGUUCCUUUUGGUAGUUGGUACACGUUGGAUGCGCUGGUGAGAUGAGUUGCUGCUGUCUGGUCGUUUCUUACCAUUUGAUCGUAAAUUUAGUUGACCGUUUUUCGGAAGUACUCCGCGAUAUAGUGUACUGUCGCUGCAGAGGUAAAGGUGACGACUUAUCGGAACAAUCGGCCAGCAACUGCGAAGUAUCCACCGUACCGACAGGUGGGUCGACCGCUGGAUGUGUGUUGACAAACAAGCCACGCUACGUCGUGAUCAAUGAUACAGUUGAACUGGAGCCGUUUUAUUACGACGUCGAUCGACGGUACAGUGAGUUGCUGCUUAGAGAUCGUCCCGUAGGAACCUGCAUAGUGAGACCGUUUAAGCUAAAACACGCGACGGUUCGGUACAUUCUAUCAAUUCGUGCGCCCGAAACUUACUUCCACCUUUUUAUCCGACACGCCGGCAAGAAUGGCAUGUACGCACUCGGGCUGGAAAAAGAGCAGGAAAAACGAUUUAAAUUCCCCAUCGACAUCGUGCGCUACUACCAGGGACAUCUGCUCGAGUGUACAGGAGCAAAACAGUCUAUAAAGCUGCAACUGCAACCGCUACCAAUUUCGGAUGUGGCAAAGGCAGGAUGCACCGCAGCAAGGGUGACUUAAAAAGUAUACAAAUAAAAUUUUAUUUCCACAGUAAAAAUACA